CCUUGGAAGGCUUUGAUAGAGCAGGAGGGACCUGUGGCUAUGGCCAUCACUUCCUGAGCGUCGCCAUUUUGCUUUGGGAAGGGGGCCACGAGAGGGCUCGCCAUGGCCACGCGCAUGAUCACCUGCUGCACUACGGCGCUUCUCUCUCGCGCCAUAGUCGCCCCCAGGACCUUUUCCCGCCCCCUCGCUAUCAGCUUCCGUCUCAGUGCAUCUGACGCAUCCUGGCAUGGGACGGGAAUACGCGACGAGAGGGUGAGAGCAUUGCGACUUCACAGGAAUUUGUAUUCUCGUGCAUGCGCCAGUGCGGGUGCGGAGAAUGCAUCAGCGGGAAAUGAGGUGCAAAUUCAGUUGUACAAUACAAUGAAGAAGCAGAAGGAAGUGUUUCAGCCAAUUGUGCCCGGGAAAGUGAGCAUGUACGUAUGCGGCGUGACUACUUACGAUUACAGUCAUAUUGGCCAUGCCCGUGUCUACGUCGCUUUUGAUGUUCUCUUCCGGUACUUAAAGAGCGUAGGUUACGACGUGACUUACGUGCGGAAUUUUACUGACAUUGAUGAUAAGAUCAUUAAGAGGGCGAAUGAAGUGGGGGAGGAUCCUUUGAAUCUAAGUAGAAGAUUUUGUGACGAAUUUCAAGUCGACAUGGAACUUCUUAGGUGUCUGCCACCGAAUGUGGAGCCUCGUGUAUCCGACCACAUACCGCAAAUUAUUAAAAUGAUAUCGCAGAUCAUAGAAAACAAAAAUGGAUAUGUGAUGGAGGGAGGGGACGUGUACUUCGAAGUUGAUACCCUUCCAACUUAUGGAUGCUUGUCCGGACGGAAGCAAGAAGAGAAUCGUGCAGGGGAGCGUGUGUUAGUCGACAACCGUAAGCGAAACCCCGCAGAUUUCGCUCUAUGGAAGAGUGCGAAACCCGGAGAGCCUGCUUGGGACAGUCCUUGGGGUCCUGGGCGCCCGGGCUGGCACAUUGAAUGCAGUGCUAUGAGUGCGGAGCAUUUAGGUCACAAAUUUGACAUUCACGGCGGUGGAAUGGAUCUAAUUUUUCCUCAUCACGAAAACGAGAUAGCCCAGAGCUGCGCUGCAUGUGCGGAUAGUCGAGUUGGCUACUGGUUGCACAAUGGUUUUGUAACUGUGGAUAAUGAAAAAAUGUCGAAGUCAGUGGGGAACUUCUUCACCAUUCGAGAGGUGCUGGAGCUAUAUCACCCUUUGGCUUUGCGUUGGUUUCUGUUAGGCACUCACUAUAGAGCCCCCGUGAAUUAUUCCAAGCGCCAGCUAGAAGUAGCAUCUGACCGCGUUUUCUACAUCUUCCAGACUCUAGUAGAUUGUGAACAAAUUUUAAGUCAACAAGUCGACAAAGUUGCCGCUUGCAAUCCUUCAAAAGAAGCUAUAGAGCUCGUCAAGAGCAUUAAGAAUACAUUCAGAACAUCUAUGGCGGAUGAUUUGAAUACCCCUGUGGUCGUGGCAUCUUUCUCGGAAUCUUUCAAGUUCAUGAAUGAUCUUAUGCAUACUCGCAAGGGCCGCAAGGACAAAACUCGUCUGGUAUCAUUACAGCUGCUCAUAACUGAAAUCCAAGAAGUUAUGAAUGUUCUAGGAUUCCAAAUUCCAAGCUACUCCAAGGUACUAGAUGAAAUCAGAGCAUUGGCAUUGAAGAGAGCUGGGAUGAGUAUGAAUGAUUUAGCAGCUCGGUUACAGGAGAGAGCUUCUGCUCGGGAAGCGAAAGAUUAUGCACGAUCAGACCAGAUCAGGUUAGAAUUGGCUGCUGCUGGCAUUGGCUUGAUGGAUGGGGGCGAUGGCACACUGUGGCGCCCCAUUGUAGUAGCUGAAGAACAGCUCCAAACUGCCUAACAUUGCACUUGUACUAGAAAUGGAUGCCGUUAAGUAGUCAUGUAGCAUGAGAAAGAUACCCUAUUCACAUUAUUGCAUG